AUGCCCCGCAAGUCGCGUGACGUGAAGAGUUCGGCGCCGUCGCCGUCGCCGGCGCGCGUGACGCGUGCUAGCCGCAGCAGAACGGCUGAGGACAGGGACGAGGUUGCGAGCGUCGCGACGCAGCCCACUGUGCCCGAGGAGGAAGAAGAGGACGAGGAGGAUGAGGGUGAUGAGGAGGACGUUGAGGAGGAGGGCGAGGAGGAGGAGGAGGAAGAGGAAGAGGAAGAUGCAGAGGAGGUGCCAGCCAAGUCGUCGCGCGAGGAGCGGCUGGCCAAGCUCAAAGAGCUUCGUCUCCGCAUGAAUGAGUCGGCUGCUGCAAACAGGCGCGACCUCGUCGAGGACCACCAAAAGUCCAAGGUGACUGCGCGCGAGCUUGCCCGACUUGAGAAGCAGCGCAAGCUCGCCAAGACGCUGCGGCUCAAGGCCGAUGCCGAGGCGAAUGGCGAGGACUUGGAGCGCCGAAAGGCGUGGGAGUGGAGCAUUGAACAGAACGAGCGCUGGGAGAAGAAGCAGGCUGAGAGCCGCCAGCGCGGAGACCAUACUUUCAACCACGCGAAUGACGAGGCGCACAGGAAGUACGAGAAGGAUGUGCGGACGAGCAAGCCCGACCUUGUGGGAUAUGCGCGGCAGAAGGAGGCGGCAAUGGGCCUCGAGCCAGGCACCCUGGUGCCGCUCGGCACUACGAACGAGAUGGCCGCCGCUGGGCCGAGCCGUAAUGCCGCGCUGACCGCGGCUGACGACCUGUACCGCUCUGCGGACACGUUGAGCUAUGGCGACAGCAAGCCCAGCGAGGAGGCUGUCGACCGGGUUGUGGGCAAGAUCAACAAAGAUCUCGCCGGAACCGGUCGCAAGCGCAAGAAGCAGGAGGACGACGGAGACGUCACGUACAUCAACAAGGCGAACAAGGUGUUCAACUCGAAGAUUGCAAAGUACUUUGACAAGUACACGGGCGACAUCCGCGCCAACCUCGAGCGCGGCACCGCGCUGUAG